GAACAGUAUUCUAUGCGGACUUAAGCGGGUACACCUUCCCGCCAAGUUUGAUUGUCAUUUAGCCGUUCUAAAAAAAGAUUAAGAAAACCACUCUACAUUUCACGAAAUUCUAUCAUUUAUCAUAACCAAGAGACAAUGGCACAAGUUGAGUGUGUGCAAAAUGUUAGCAAUGGUCCCUCUGCAGAUGAUGAUGAUGGGUGUACACCAUCCAAAAAGCUUAGACAAGCUAGAUUACCAUUUAAAACAAUUGAGCAUAAGGCACAGCUAGUCUCACCAAAGUCAACUGCUGCAUCAAAGAAAAGAAAACUAUCUGAUGCAGAAUCACCCAGUGCUAAAGCUCCCAAAACUCCAAAAUCAGGAACACCAUGUGGAUCUGGUAGUGCUCCAGUUACUAGCGGUGAAGCAGAAGUUAGCUCUAGUUCUGAGGCAGACAAUGUUAAGAUACGGGUUCGUAAUACUUUGGAAAGAUUUGUUCGUAAAAAUUCUCAGGAAGAAAUUACCUCCUCAACAAACACUGAAUGCAUUGAUAUAACCGAUUCAGAUGAUGGCAAGGAAUCUGAUGUAUCUUUUGUUGACACAAACACCUGUCAAUCAAAAAAAAUUAAGGAGUUCUUCAGUGUUAAAGAUUCUUCAAAAGCUGUCAAAUCAAAGGUAGAGAACUCUACCAAUGACACUCAGAAAGUAGAAAAUUACAUUCAAAUUAUCGAAGCAGUUAGUAAAGGACUUAUUCCUGUAGAAACUUUACCAGAAACAUGUGAAAAUAAGGAAAAUUUGGAUAGCUCUAAAAAAGGGGAAAUUUUAGAUGUUUCUGCAGACAAAGAAAAUAUGGAUGUUUCAGAUGAGUCAACUAGUUUAUCAGAUAUGAACAACAGUGCUAUUGACCCAGUUACUCCUGGUAAGGGCAGUGUACCCUCCGCAGUAUUUAAAACUCCAGUUUCAACAAAAAUAAGUCCACAGUCAGGAGCCACACCUUUAUCACAGAGCCCAGGGGACAGUUUAAGUGAUGGAACUCCUAAAUCUGGCAAAAAACCAAGAUCUAAGCUUUCAGAUGCAAAGAUGAAAGAAAGGGAAGCUCAGAGACAGAAACUCAAAGAAGAAAAAUUAAAGGCCUUUGAAGAAAAAAAGAAACAAAAAGAACAGGAGAGAGUUGAAAAGGAAAAAGAGAAAGAGAAACAAAGACUGGAAAGAGAAACUGCCAAAUCUGAAAAGGACAAACAAAAGAAAGAAGAAAAGGAGAAAAAAGAAAAAGAAAGAUUAGAUAAGCUACAACAAAAGGAAGAUGAGUUGAAGAAAAAACGUGAAGAGCAAGAAGCAAAGAAUGAAGAAAAAAAGAAGAAAGAUGAAGAGAAAAGAUUAAAGGAAGAAGAAAAACAAAAAGAAAACGAAGAAAAAAUUAAAAAAGAAAAGAAAGUUAAAGAUGCAUUCCAAAGUUUCUUUAUCAAGACCAGUACUUCACCAAAAUCAUCUAAGGCAACUGUAGAACCAUCAGGUCUUUUUAUGCCUUUCCAAGUGAAGGAGAACACUAAACUAGCACCAGAAUGUAGACAGUACAUAAAUGAGGAACAAAAGAAUUAUCUUGAUAAAUGCCUUAUUGACCAGGAAUCAAAAGUUUUGUAUAUUAAAGAUCUUCAAAAUGGCAAAAAUACUGGCAAAUCAGAGAAAACUUUUCCAAAGACAAUAGGAGAAGAUGAUGUAGAAUUAUUGGUCCAUGAUUCAGAGACCGUGAAGAAAGUCACCUAUAAAUGUAAACUGUUACAGUUCCAUAUGAACUACAGACCACCUUAUUAUGGAACAUAUAGGAAGACAAGUUCUCAUGUCAGACCAAGGAAUCCAUUUAAAACAGAUACUGAAAUAUUUGAUUAUGAAUAUGAUAGUGAUGAUGACUGGGAAGAAGAAGAACCAGGAGAAAGUCUAUCUGAUUGUGAUGAUGAGGAAGAAAAAGUUGAAGAGGACAAUGAGGAUGAAGAAGACGACUUUAUAGUGCCUCAUGGGUAUCUGUCUGAUGAUGAAGGAGUAGAUAAGGAUGAUGAGGAGGUUUCUCCAGAGCUUCAAGAAAUAAAACGUAAUGAACUGGCAACCAGAUGGGAGGCAGAUCAAAACAGAUUGACUAAACCAGUUUUACCUAAGAUCAUUGGUUGUUUCUGGGAACAAGCCACACAUGUUUUACAAGAGGAGAUUAGUAAACAGCUAGAACAAUAUAAGGCAGUCUUAUUGACAACUAACCCAGUGCCUACCUCCUUUACUGAACCAAUCAAAGUUGUGAAGGGAGAUAACUCUUCUGGUGACAAUAAUGUUGACACACCAAAAGUUAAUCCACAGAGAAAACCGGUUCCUGAAGAAGCCAUGCCAGACUUGAUUAGAUUAGUCCAUGGAAAUUUGAUGGGUAUUAAAAAAUUAAUUCAAGAAUUUCGUUUGUUUUGGAAAUCGAAAACAACUGGAGAACAACAAGAAACAACAGGUACAGCAGACAUGAGUAUGGAGGUUGACAACACUGAAAAUAAAGCUAUGGAUACCAGUCUGUCACAAGAAAAUGUCACCAAUAUAUCCAUAACUGCUGAAACGGAGACAGAUGUCGCAAAUUGUGCUAUAUCAAAAAGACAAUUAGAAAUCAAAAUAACAGCUAUUGCUGUGCGAGAGAAACGUGCUGAUUUUAAAAAGAUUUGUUGGUAUGUUCAUGAUGACAUACUGAAACAAUAUAACUGUGAAGGUUUGCCUAUACCAUCAGCUUGGGAAUCUCUUACCAAACCAGCUAAAACACCAGGCAAGGUUAAACCUGAAGAAACUACGCCAAGUGGUCGUAAAACACCAGUGCCAUCUAUAACUCAGUUUGCUAGACCAAUGUCUCCAUCAACCAUAGCAGCUCAGCAUGCUGCUACUCAAGCUAAAAUACUGGCAGCUCAACAUGCUGCUGCUGAAGCUAAGAUACUGGCUGCUCAAGCUAAAAUACUGGCAGCUCAGGCAGAAAAGCAAAAGGAAAUAACUGUCAAGGAACCAGAAAAAAUGGAGACAUCUGACACUCCUGAUGAUACUGUUACCCCAAAUAAAAAGGUACCAGUUGACCAAAGGAAAUUAACUGAUUUCACAAAAGCGUUCAUUUCUCCGCAAUGUAAAAAGAGAGUUGCUCUGAUUCCAGUAACAUCUCCCUUACCAAACACAGCUAUAAAACCAGUAUCGUCUCCUAAACCAAACACAGCUGUAAAAACAGUAUCAUCUCCCGUACCAAACACAGCUGUAAAAAUACAAAAAUCUGAGCAGAAAAGUAGUAAAUCAAGUGAAAAUAUCACUGUCCAGCCUCCUGUUCUAAAGAACAUGGAGAAAUCAAAAGUAGAACUUCCUACGGUGAAUGGAUUGAUAAAGGACUCAGCUGGUGAAAACUCUCAAGAUGCCAUCAUGAUUGAUUGAAUGAGGAAAACUAUAGAGACCCUUCUUAUCAUUGACUCAAUAGUGAUAAACAAUUGGAGUACAAAAUUUGCAAUUAGUAUAUUUAGUAUAGUGCUUUGUUUUUCAUUGUAAUGUUAUGUGUGUGUUUGCAUGGUUGUAUAUUAUUUUGAAAGAUCAGUAAUUUUAUAUAAAGUAAGUACAAUAAUAUAUAUGUUUGCUCCAUCAUGUCCAAU